AUGACAGAUAAUACCAAGCUUAUAAACUCUAAGGUGCUCGUACUCGGCGCUGGUGGUCUUGGAUGUGAAAUUCUGAAGAACCUUGCUAUGGUUGGGUUCCCUAAUAUUCAUGUUGUUGACAUGGAUACCAUAGAGCUGACAAACCUCAACAGACAGUUCCUAUUUCGAGAGCAAGAUAUUGGCAAGCCAAAAGCUACCGUCGCAGCUCAGUACAUCAAUAACCUUAAAUUACCAAGCGCCGAACAUGGUAGUGACGUGCAGGUAGUUCCUCAUGUAGGUGACCUUACAAAGCUACCCAUCGAUUUUUGGAAACAGUUUACGGCAGUAAUAUGUGGUCUAGACGCCGUAGAACCUCGUCGCUAUGCUAGUUGGCUGUUGGUUCGCCUGACCUAUGAAUCAAACUUUGAGGUUUGCAUUCCUUUAAUCGAUGGAGGGAGUGAAGGGUUUUCCGGGCAUUGCAGGACAAUUAUUCCCGGUAUCAAUGCAUGCUACGAGUGUACAAUUGGUACCUUACCGCCGCCAGAUCAGUCAUAUCCUUUAUGUACUAUAGCUAACAAUCCAAGACUUCCAGAGCACGUUGUGACCUACGUUCUGACUGUGCAAUGGCCUGAAUCUGAACUUCACAAUAGAAACUAUUCACUUGAUUCGCCUGAAGCACUUGCAUGGCUCGUUGCUAGAUGCGAAGAGCAUGCGUCGAAAUUUGGCAUAGACCCCACAACUUUAACUGAAAAGUUCAUUCUUGGAGUUGCCAAAAAUGUCGUCCCAAGUGUGAUAACUACUAAUGUUAUAAUUGCAGCUCUCUGUUGCACGGAGCUUCUAAAGUUAGUACUGGACCUUGCGGAUGACAUAGAAAACGCUCCAAACUUCAUGCUUUACAAUGGCAAUGACGGGUGUUUUGCAUAUAGUUUUAAGCAUGACAAACUACCAGACUGUAGUGUCUGCAGAUAUGCUAAGAAGUCAGAAGAGUCUCUUAUAGACUAG